AUGAAAUUUGGAUCUGCUGACCCUCAACCAUGGACACAUGAGUUGACCAAGAAUCCAAAGAAACAUCUACUUUUCUUGUCUUCAUUGGUUGGAAUUAUUCUCAUUCUAUCUUCGCUUGCCAUCUCAUUUAUAUAUUUUGACAACAAGAGAAAUCAUCCAAUUACAAAAACAUUCGACGGUUAUCGUGAACUUGGUCUUGGCUUUAACACACGACCUGUUGGAACUGAACAAAGAGCAAACAUUCACACAAUCGAUGAUCAAGUACCACAAGGUGCUAUUAAACUCAGCGAUGGUGGGUUUGUCAUCUAUUGGAUCAGUUACAACCAAGCCGCUGCUUCAAGUGGAUCUGAUGUUUACUAUCGCCGCUACAAUGCUCAAAAUGAGGCUGAGAAUACCGAACAGCUUGUGAAUACGGUGGUGGCCGAGCAUCAAUUCCUUCCUGUAGUCACUCGUUUAACCAAUGGCAACUAUGUUUUUGUUUGGACCAUGUCUCUAAUAGCUACUCCUAAUAUUUACAAAACUGUGAGCAUGAGAUUAUUCGAUGCGAACAUGAAUCCCAUUAGCACAGAAAUGGUAGUGAAUACGAAUGGAGAUGGUGGUUUUCCAGGAGUGGCUGCUCUUCCUGAUGGUUUUGUGGUUAUUUGGGCCAGUGGUGCCUAUCAAACUUAUGAUGUUGUGUUACAACGUUAUGAUUUGAAUGGCAACAAAAUUGGAGGUGUUCGAACCGUGAAUACGUACACAACAGGAGAACAAUCCGAUUUGUAUACUUGUUUUUGUGGUCCCAAGAUUGUGUCGUUGACAGAUGGUGGAUUUGUUGUGGUUUGGCAAAGUGACGGUCAAGAUGGAAGCAGUUGGGGAGUCUAUUUCCAAAGAUUUGAUUCUCAAGCGAACACUGUUGAUACUGAAACUAGAGUAAAUACAUACACGAACAAUGCACAACGUCAACCAUCAGUAGCAGCAUUAAGUAAUGGUGGAUGGGUCAUUGCUUGGGCAAGUCAUGAUGGUACUAGUUAUGAUAUUUACGGCAGAGUAUAUGCCAGCAAUGGAAAUGCUAACUCACCGUUCCUUGUGAAUACUGGUUAUACUGAAAAUGAUCAACUGGAUCCAAAUUGCAUAGUCGUGCGACCUGGAGAAUUCCUUGUUAGCUGGAGAGGAUCAUUGGAUGGUAUUAAUACUCAACGAUUUCUCAAUGAUGGAACUCCUGUGGAGGCACAUUUUAGUUUCCAUGGAAUGCAUGUUCUUGAUUCUGACAAACUCAUUCAAUUAUAUGCUGUACAGGACAGAGAUGGUAGUGGUGCAGGAGCUUACUUCCAAUUAUUUGCCAAGAAUACUGUUCCCGUUUUGGUGAGAAACCAGCUCUCUAUUAAGGCAAGACAAUCGGUAACACUAUCUCCAUCACAGUUACUUGGAUACGACGCUGAGAAUGAUGAAAUAAGCUUUUCAGUCAUCGAUGUUCAAAAUGGAAGAUUUGAAAUGAGUUCACAACCUGGAAUAGCAGUCUCAUCCUUCACACAAGCUCAAAUUAAUGCGUCACAAGUGGUGUUUGUAUCUAUCUCAAAUGUUGCACCAAGUUUUUCGGUGAGAGUUGGUGAUGUGCAGUUGGUGUCUUCAUACCAAUCAGCCUCUAUCGAAUUCACUAUCUCAUGUUAUGGAUAUUCUGGAGAAGCCGCUUGUGGAGGACCUCUAAAAGGUUCAUGUAUCGAUCAUGACACUUGCAGUUGCAACUCUCUGUGGGGAGGAUCAGAUUGUUCAUUGCCAACGUGCUUCUCCAAACUAUCCAAUGAAACGUCCUCAGUAUGCAAUGGAAGAGGUACUUGUGUAGCCCCAAACAACUGCUCUUGUGUUGAGGGAUAUGAAGGCGCUCAGUGUGAAACUGCAUGUGGUUGGGAUGCCAGCUCAGUUGGUGCUCCAGAUCCUCAGAUUUCCUCACAAAUAGUGGGACAAGGAAUUCAGUUUACAUUCAACUUCUCUAACGAUCCAAAUGUUGAAUUCUCACAUUUAGCAUUCAUUGGAGAAGAUUCUGCUUUCAAUACUGACAGCUGUUUCAUCUAUGGUGGUCAAAGAGUCAACCUGACAUUAAUUUCAAACGGACCAUGUAGCAAUUCAUACUCUACUCCAGUAUUCACUUUGGAUGAUUUAAUACAGAAUGCACGAGUUAAAAAGGAAAUGCAAGGAGACGUCUUGACAUUAUCCAUCCCUUUAGCUCUAUAUUAUUAUGACGAGAUUGGUGCCAGCAAUGGUGGUUUUUGUAGGGCGUACCAAUUCACGACUGCACAAAUAAUCCAUGUCAAGCUCACUUCUACAGUAGCUUCUUCAUUUGAUGAGUUCUCUCCAUUGUUGCCAUUUUCAGUGAGUUUGUACCCUCAGGAAUUUGCCACAAAUACUUCAACGGGAGUGUUAAAUGUCAAAAUGGUAUUGAAAUCCACAAAUGCCACACUUAAUGGUUUCAGCUUUUACAACUCUACUAAUUCCAAUUACAUUUACCAAGUCACUGAGAGCUCAUUCUGGUACAGUAAUGGACCAAGUAUGUUUUAUCGCAUCCAAAUGCGGUCCAAUGUCAAAGUGAAUGAUUUCAGAGCUCUCACUUACUUUAGGGCUGUAUUUAAGAGAAAUGGAGUUCUGGAUGAAGCUAUUGUUUUCAUUCCUCUCAAAAUUGAUUACACCAUUGUGAGCGCUCCUUCUGACAAGAAUUUCACCCUUAAAGCAACCAUGUACUUGGCUUCCAGCGAUUGGUCACCAAAAACAACAUUCAAGUCAGGUGAGAAGGUCUAUGCUCAGGUUCAAACCUCCUCCGCACUUGGUGUGAAUUAUGAUUUAGUGGUGCGGGAUGCCUACUUGUGUUGCUUUAAAGAAUUUAGAGCAACGAUAACAUACGAUCCUGAACACAAUGAGUAUGGAUGCUCUCAAUUCAAUUCUGCAACUAUGGAUGUUUGGAAACAGAUCAUUACGAAUCAAAUUGGAAACUCAGAGCUUGACACGGUCUUGUAUCCAUAUCCUGGAGCAAAUUCAUUGUACGGUUUUUCAUUCACGCUCAUUCCGUCCAUGUUCCCACUCAAAUACUCCAACACUUCAUCUUCAUGUUUUGUUCAGUCGAAUACAGCAUUGCAAUCUGUAACAAGAUCUCUAGCUGCCAGUAGUGAGGAAUCCAGUACUCCAAGCAGUAUGUUUGUUGUUCAAGUGUUGCCUGGCUCAAGAGGAGAAGCAAGUACAAGAGUUUCCGAGGCCGCAUUUUCUGUUUUCAAGAUCCCAAUGUUCGCCAUUGUUGCUUGUGUGUUGGUAUUGCUGCAAUGGCUCGCAUAG